AUGCAAGCAGCCGACCCUACUAGCAGCGUCACCGAGAUCUCGAAUCAUGAAGAAGCUGCAGACUGCAUCAGCAGAUGUGUCAUCAUCUGGAAACGAGCAACAGGUUAUCUGCGAAAGGCAAUCAUAAACUCCGUUCUAUCGGUUAGUCUAUUGGCAGCCCGCAACCCAAAAAGAUGCAUAGGCCUCGUCUGCCUGAUGUCCAUCACACUCAUCACCACAGGCUUGUUUACCAAUUUUUAUUUGGACCCCGGAGACGAGAAAAUCUUUGCCCCCACUGACUGCCUGCCACAAGAGCACGGUCGGUGGGUUGGCGAAACCUAUCCUGAUGUUCGACGGCCAACCGUUUUGACUGUGCAUGCUGAUGGGGGCAACAUCAUGACCUAUGAAGCUAUGAGACGAGUCUUCCAAGUCACAGACAUGGUCCGGAAUAUCGACGGUUAUGAGACCAUCUGUGCGGGUGAAAAUGGGGACAAUGAGGGCUGCCGGAUUCCUGGUCCAACCAGGUUCUGGAACCACAAUGUGACGUUGUUCGAAGAGCAAACACAAGGAUCUGAUGAGGCGGUGAUUCAGACUUUAUCCCAAGAAUCUUUGGACGGAGCCCCCUUCCCACAUGACCUCUUUAUUGGAAAGCUACAAUGGGAGGUCGUCGACGGGCACAACCAAACGAACAAUUCUCUCAUCACGUUUGCUCAAGCUAUCACUAGUCUUAUCGAGAUCCCAGAGUGGUCCAAUGGAGAGACUGAAGCUUUUGAGCUGAAAAUGAUCAAUCUGCUACAGCCUAUCAAAGACGAAUGGGCAGCUCAGGGAGAAGACCAGCCUUACCGACUAGAGCUUUAUGCCUUCCGUUCUAUUUCGGAUGAAGUGACCAGAGCCAUCGCGAAUGACGUACCCUUAAUCCCCUGUGUGUUUGCCAUUAUGGCGGCAUUCACGUGCAUGGUUUUCUGUCGCAGAGAUAUCAUCCAGUCUCGAGCACUGCUUGGCAUCGGAUCGGUCGUCACAAUUCUUCUUUCUAUCAUGAGUGGGUUUGGGCUUGUCUUUAUCAUCGGGUUGCCGUUUACCAGCAUGACUUCCAUCCUACCGUUUGCCAUUUUUGGCAUUGGCCUCGAUGACACUUUUAUCAUCGUAGGGGCAUUCCUGAGGACAGACCCUACGAAAGAUCCUGUUGAGCGAAUCCGAGACACCAUGGAAGAAGCUGGAAUGAGUAUAUCCAUGACAACCAUCACAACUACUGUGGCGUUUGUAAUGGGAGCAUUAACAUCCAGCAUCCCCAUUAUUCAAUGGCUGUGUCUUUAUGCCUUUCCGACCAUCUGCAUUGAUUUCCUCUAUCAAAUAACCUUCUUUGUCGCCAUUCUUGUACUGGAUGAAAGGCGAAUUGCGGCAAAUCGAAGAGGCUGUUGCGUUUGCUUCAGAGUGAAGAACCACGACAAGGAGGAUGUUGACACGGAUGAGAUGGACAAGGAUGUCUCGCCAGUAGCCAACCAUGUCGAAGCACCAAUGGUUGACCGGUUCAUGAACUGGUAUUGUGAGCACCUGCUGCAUCCUGUGGUGAAGAAAAUUGUUAUGAUUGCCUUCUUAAUGCUGUUUGGAGUCUGUAUAUACAGCACCACUCUCCUCAGACAAGACUUCAAACCAACAGACUUUCUGCCUGAAGUGUCUUACGCUGGGGAAUACCUUGAUGUCAUGGACUUAUAUUCCAAUCGCAAGCUACCAAUCCUGGUACACUUUAGGGAUGUCAACCAGUCUGACCCCCAAGUUCAACAGCAAAUGAUCGACUACCUGAAUGAUCUAGGGGACCUUCCUCAGGUCAAUUCCACCCCAGAAAUCUGCUGGGUCACAGACUUUCAAAAGCUACUGAAUGGGGAUGACCCGGCCUUUCAAGCGUACUCAUCUCUUUUCGGCAACAACAGCACUCUGACAUUCAUGGAAAAAUUGGACAUCUUGCUGAAUGUACCAGAGAUCAACGAUCUCUAUGGGAAGGACAUUAGCGACUUCCUUGCUGACCAACGAAGAGUUGCCGAGGCACAGCCAGCCAAUCAAGGUGGUGGCAGAUUCAAGUUUUUCGCAUUUGACCCCAUCUAUUUCAUCUGGGAGUUCUACACUGAUGUGCCCUCUGAGCUUACGUUUACCACAGUUUCCGGUGUUGUGGCAGUUACCGUACUUGCAUUCAUCCUCAUCCCACACUGGACGGCUGCACUCUUUGUGCUUCCAUUUAUGUGUAUCCUCUACAUGGACCUAUUGGGGACGCUCCAGUUUGCCGGGCUCAGCAUCAACCCCUUGACCUACAUCUGCCUUGUGAUCUCGGUGGGUCUCUUGGUGGACUUCAUCAUGCACAUCCUUCUCCGUUAUUAUGAAUCUACCAUGCCUACUCGCGAGGAAAAGGUCAAGGACACUCUGAGAACCAUGGGGUCUUCCAUCUUAGUGGGUGGCCUCUCUACCUGUCUGGGGGUGUUUCCAUUGGCAUUCAGCAGCAGUGGAAUCAUUAAGACAGUUUUUGUAAUGUUCAUGGCAAUGGUUGCCUUGGGUGUUUCGCAUGGUUUACUGCUGUUGCCAGUGAUCUUGUCCUAUGUAGGACCUACCGUAUGUAUCAAACUGGGACGAGGUGACUACUAUUUGCCAGAAUUGGCGGAACAGGAGGAUCGUAUUGACAACGAACCGGAAGCACCACCGGAAGCACCACCACCAGCAGUGGAGGAUAGCGACAUCCAACCUUAUGUAUCCGCUGCCAUGGCGCAAUGGCCUUCAGAAGAUCCACUCGCUCCUACCGGUACAGAAGAAACACUCGACACUACAGAGGAAGAAACACCCAGAAACACAGAAUACUACACAUCAUCCGUGGCAAGCUCCGAUGAGGAUGCUAUUAUUAUGUCUCGUGUUAGUUUUGAUAGUGGAAUCGUAGAAGCGGAGCCAGAAAACAGCAUUGCCGGAAACAAAGAAGACUGCGAUGAUGAUGCCGAGUUUUCGAUUUGA